CGAAUGAGAGGAGAUGGAACAACUGCAGAGGCUGUUCUUGACUUGUCUUGUUGUCCUACUGCUGUUGGGAUUUACUACGGAAACUGCUCCUGAGUUUGAUCCAUACAAAGUGCUUGGAGUGUCCAGACAUGCCAGUCAGGCUGAAAUCAAGAAGGUGUAUAAGCAGCUGGCCAGGGAAUGGCAUCCAGACAAGAACAAAAGUCCAGAGGCUGAGGAAACGUUUAUCAAGAUAACAAAAUCAUAUGAGAUACUGUCCAAUGAGGAGAGGAGGGCAAACUAUGACCGCUUUGGUCAGAUGGAGGAGAAUCAGCACUUUGGCCAGGCACACCAGGGUUUCCGUCACUUCCAUAACAGCUUCUACUUCGAUCAAUCCUUCUUUCACUUUUCACAUCCAGGCAGAGAUUCCUCAGACAAUAAGUUCUUGUUGCAGUACACACAGUACAUUAAUGAGAUAGUGCCGGAUAGUUUCAAAAGGCCUUACCUGAUUAAGGUCAUAUCUGACUGGUGUUUUGAAUGUGUCUACAUUGAACCAGUUUGGAAGGAGUCGGUCAAGGAACUGGAAGCACUAGGUGUGGGUAUUGGCGUGGUGGAUAUGAACUAUGAGAGAAAGUUGGCCAAUCAUCUUGGGGUCCACCGUGCUCCGUCCAUUCUCGUUCUCAUCAAUGGAAAAAUGACCUUCUUCCACUAUGCUGUGGUCCGGGAAAACCUGAGACAGUUUGUGGAAAGCCUCCUUCCAACAAGACUAGUGGAGAAGGUAACAGAUAGUAGCUACCUGCAGUUUUUGAACAGCUGGCAUGAAGAGAACAAGCCCAGUGUGUUACUGUUUGACCAAGUGCCUGAGAUACCUCUGAUGUACAAGCUCACCGCGUUUGCCUAUAGAGAUUAUGUAAGGUUUGGAUAUGUAGAUCAGGGCCUGACAGAGACCAUCCGGAUCUUGCGACAGUUCAACAUUAACACCUAUGCUCCCACCAUGCUCCUGUUUAAAGAAAACACAGAAAAACCUGCUGACAUCAUACAGGCCAAAGGAAUGAAAAGGCAGAUCAUUGAUGAGUUCAUCUCAAACAAUCGGUUCCUCUUGGUCCCAAGGCUGGUUAACCAAAAGCUGUUUGAUGAGUUAUGUCCUGUGAAACAGUUCCAUCGCCGCAGGAAAUACUGCAUCCUGCUCAUCACUGGUGAAGGACAGCCCUUCACGUCAGUGAACGACGCUUUUUUCGACUUUGCCACCGCCAACUCCAAGGAUAUUCUUAGGUUUGCCUAUGUCUACCAGAGAAAGCAACAGCCCCUGUGUGAUGCCUUGCUCAAAAAUCAAGAUGCUACUCCUCCACAGGUGGUGAUUUUGGAGAGGCGGAGCUCCAGUGGAAAGGUGAUGUACCGCUCUGUGACGGGCGGCUGGAACGGCAGCGACGAGGACAAACGCCGCCUCCAUGAGCAGCUGGACUUGCUGCAGAGGGACCCGUCAUACCUCACUUUUGACACCAUGUUGCCUGAGCUCAACAAUGAAUUUGCCUCUAUAUUCCUUCUUCAGUGGAUUUACUCAGCUUAUGACUACAUCUGUCAAAUCUACACUGAUCUUCUCUACUCUAACUGGCGAGAGAUGAUGCCAAUCCUCUCUCUUAUCUUCUCCGCUCUCUUCAUCCUUUUUGGCACCGUCAUCAUCCAAGCUUUCAGUGACUCUGGUGAAGAAAAGCCAACCAAUCAAAAGCCUAAAGAUCGACAAAGAACCACAAAUGAGUCACCGAAGACUGGGAGCACAUCCAGCUGCCCUCCUAAGAAAGACUUUGUGGAAGUAACUGAACUGACAGACAUCAACUACAUGAGCAACCUCGUCAAGUUAAAGCCAGGACACAUCAACGUCGUCCUGGUCCUCACUGAUGCCUCUAGGCAUGUUCUCCUGAAAAAAUUUGCCAAAGAAGUAUUUCCUUUUACAAGAACACACACAUUGCACUACUCUUUCCUGAAUGUGGACAAACAUGCUCAGUGGAUGGACUCGCUCCUGGAGUCUGUGCCAGAGGUUAAAUGCAGCUUUGAUGAAGACGACAGUGAAGGUGCUUCUGCCAGUAAACCAGAUUACACUGGCCACGUCCUGGCCCUCAACGGACACAAGAAAUAUUUCUGUCUCUUUAAGCCUGUGUUUACUGGGGAGGAGACGGACUGCGGUAGGUCCUCUGAUGAGGAUUUGGGUUCUGGUUCAAGCGGAAGAGAAAAACUCAGGUCCAGGUCCUGCCGAAGGGCCACCACCAUUCAGCUCCACCACAAGCUGGACCGCCUUAAUCUUUGGAUGGAGAGGCUGAUGGAGGGGACUCUGCUUAGACACUAUGUACCCGCGUGGCCAGAGCUAGAGAAGAUGAACCCUAAAAAAUAAGAGUAACUCAGGACACCGUCCACGUCUUUGUAGCUGUGUGGUACUUCAUCUACUUCAUUUUUAAUGAUUGGGAUAAAACUUUAACUUUAUGUGCUGAUCUUGUAAUGGGUAUCUUUCAGAACCGUUACUCGAAAAUGAAUUAUGUUUGAAACAUUGCACUGAUUUUUUUUCUUUCCUUCUGUAGAGCGCCUUCUGUGUAGGGCUGCUGAUGGGCCUUGACUGCUAAACCUCGUUUUACUUGUAGUUUGUGUGACCUCAUUGU